UCUCCCGGAUCGCUGGUGUUGCCUAAGCCAAAUUGCCUGUGCGCAUGAAUGUUACCGUUGUGCUGGCGGCAAUCGGAGGUGCAGCGCAAGGAACUCCAGCACAAAUUCAACUCUCCAGCAGCUUGAAAACUUCAGUACAACAAGGCUUUCCUGUGGAGAAUCGCGCAUGAGCAGCUGGGUAGAUUAUUUAAGGACUGCCUUCAGAAACAGAUGUUAGAUGCUGUGCUGUGGCAGCAGUUGUUUUGCCGAAAAUUUUGGAAUGGUUUUAAGUUGACCGAAACUAAGCUCACACUCGGGUGUAUCAGCUGCCUGCUAUUCUCACUCACCAGAGAGUAACUUGAUACCAGGAUCUGAACGCACCAGAUGAAGAAAUGAUUUGGCAACCAACAACUCACUGGUCAUCUCUGGUCACCUCCCUCGUUUUCUGUCUGUUUCUACCACCACAGCUUUCCAUCACAAUAAAGCCAAACAUUGUCCUGUUCAUGGCUGAUGACCUUGGUAUAGGAGACAUAGGUUGCUAUGGGAAUGAUACUAUCAGGACCCCGAAUAUUGAUCACCUGGCAAAAGAAGGAGUGAAGCUGAUGCAGCACAUCGCUGCAGCUCCGCUUUGCACCCCCAGCAGAGCAGCUUUCCUCACUGGCAGAUAUCCCCUCCGAUCAGGCAUGGAUGCUGUAAACAAUUAUGGUGUUAUUUUUUGGAACGGUGGCUCAGGAGGGCUGCCUCCAAAUGAAACCACUUUUGCCAAAAUAGUGCAGCAACAAGGCUACAGCACGGGACUAAUAGGGAAGUGGCAUCAAGGUGUUAACUGUGAAUCCCGCAAUGACCAUUGUCAUCACCCUUUAAACCACGGGUUUGAUUAUUUUUAUGGCAUGCCUUUUACACUAAUAAGUGACUGCCUAACAACAGAACCUCCAGAGAUGGACAGAGAAUUUAGAAGGAAACUCCUGCUUUACACUCAGAUGAUUGGUCUUGUUACAGUCACUUCUGCCCUGGGAAGACUUACUGGCUUGAUUUCAGUCAGCUGGAAAAUGGUGACCUGCCUUGGUGGGUUUAGUCUUCUGUUCUUUGCAUCCUGGUUCUCAAGUUAUGGAUUCAUAAGAUACUGGAACUGCAUUAUGAUGAGAAACCAUGAAGUUACAGAACAGCCAAUGGUGACAGAAAGGACUACAUCCCUUAUCCUGAGGGAGUCUAUUUCGUUUAUUGAAAGAAAUAAGUACAAGCCAUUCCUCCUCUUUCUUUCCUUUUUACAUGCCCACACCCCUCUCCUCACCACAGAGAAGUUUCUUGGGAAGAGCAGCCAUGGUUUAUAUGGAGAUAAUGUAGAGGAGAUGGACUGGAUGGUGGGCCAGGUUCUAGAAGCUAUUGACAAGGAAGGCUUGAAAAAUAUUACGCUAGUUUACUUUGCCUCUGAUCAUGGUGGAUGGCUGGAAAGACAAGAAGGGAAAAGGCAGCUGGGUGGUUGGAAUGGAAUAUACAGAGGUGGAAAAGCUAUGGGAGGCUGGGAAGGAGGAAUCCGUGUCCCAGGGAUAUUUAGAUGGCCAGGAGUGUUACCUGCAAACACAGUUAUUGAUGAACCAACAAGCCUUAUGGACAUUUAUCCUACAGUAGUACAUCUGGCUGGAGGAGUAGUACCCCAGGACAGGGUAAUUGAUGGCCGGGACUUGAUGCCUCUACUGCAAGGAAAAGUUCAACACUCAGAGCAUGAGUUCUUGUUUCAUUACUGUGGCGUUCAUCUACAUGCAGUGAGGUGGCACCAGAAGGACAGUGGAGCCAUCUGGAAGGCUCAUUAUGUGACCCCAGUCUUCCUUCCACCUGGGGCUGGAGGUUGUUACGAGAGAGGAUUUUGUCCAUGCUUUGGGGAAGGUGUGACCCAUCACAGUCCUCCGUUGCUGUUUGAUCUCGCACGAGACCCUUCUGAAACCAGACCUCUAGCGGCUGACACUGAACCCCUCUUUGACACUGUAAUAAAGAGGAUUGGAAGAGCCAUUGAAGAGCAUCGCAGGACACUGACUCCAGUCCCGGAGCAGCUCUCCUUGUACAACGUCAUAUGGAAGCCGUGGCUGCAGCCGUGCUGUGGGACAUUCCCAUUCUGUUGGUGUGAUAAGGAGGGCGAUAACAAACUUGCUGAUCUAUAAAAGAAAGAACAAAAUGUUGCUUCCUCAGAAGUGUUUUCAGACCAAGAAUGCCUUUUAGUGGUGGUGUUUGGUGUUUUUUUGCUUUUCUUUUAAUGGAUCCUAUGUUUGAGAAUUGUUCCAGUGGAUGGCACUGUAUUUGGUAAAAGUUGCUUUAGGCAGGAUACUGCCACAGAGGGAUCAAGACAGUACAUUCUCAGUAGCAUGUUUUAACUUCUAUCUGCUGAUAACUGAAUGAUGAAUUCAAAUGCACUGAAGUAGGCCAACACUAGAGCUGUACUAUUAACAAAAUAACUUAUCUUUUGCUCUUUGUAAAUGUAAACUUGAAAGCUUUACUUUUUUUCUUUUGUUCUGAAUUUCUAAGUCAUUCCACCGAGGUCUCCCUUAGUGUUACUAUUUUUAUUGGCAAUGCUUAAGAGGUAUCCUGUAAAAUGUUUUUGCAGACUACUUUCCCUCCUGCUCCAAAAUAAUUCUUCCCAUUCUGUUGCACACAGAAUCUUCUUUAAACGUAGCUUCCUUUGUUCUUUGUUGCUUUGUUGUACUUCCUCCAGCAGAAGUGAUGAUGGCAGCUGGUAAGCCUGGGGCUUCUGGAUCAGGAGUAACUACCCAGGUGAGGCAGUUGCCCUGGAAAGUUAUGUAACAGAUGUCAGCACUUGCUGAGAAGGAUGGGAUUCCUCUGAUCAGUGCCAGCCUCUUCCAAUGGAAAACAGAAGAGGGAAGGGACUUUCCCUUUCCAAAGCUACCAUUGCACACAGCUCCCUGAGCAGCGCUGGGAAGGCCAGAGUGACACUGCAUUGUACACUGUUGCAGAACUGCAACACUGAUAACCAGCUUAGUUUUUUUGGCACAGAAUUACACAAGUUCUCUUGCUGCCCAUACCUCAGUCACAACUGAUUCCUGCUAGCAAGUAAUAGGUUCAAACAAGACUCUUUGAAAGAUGUCCAAUAAUAAUUUGAAAGCUAACAAACUUUAAUUUACAGUCAAAAUAAUGAAAUGCAGAAUAAAGGCAUUUUUUGCUUCAUAAAUUACAUUCUUCAUCUCACCGAACAUUUAGUCUUGCUAAUCUAUCUCCUUUCCUUAGCUGCUAUAAAUCCUGUUCUUCCCUUCUUGGUGUUAAAAUAGUUGUUCCUAUUAAGGUGGCCUUGCAAGGUAUAAAAUAUAUCUGACCAGAUCAAUAAGCUUACACUCAUAUAUCUGAAUACGGAUGUAUCUGACAACAUAAUUUGCCCCUCAGAUUUAUUUCGCAUUUUUCACUGUUUCUCUAACUGUUGUGCGAGGGCCUAUUUCUCUCGUUCAUCUAAUUUGAUUGACAUUAAUUUUUAUUCUCCCACUCUUUUCCCACAAUUUGACCUAUCAAGAGAUCUGCAGGUAAAUAAAUUCCUAUGGUGUAAAAGCACAUUAUAUUGUACGCUCUAACCUCAUGCAUCUCAGUUCAUUCACCCAGUUGCUCUUUCACUGCUAUCGAUAAGAAACGCCCUCAAUUUUACUAUGAAAACUUCAAUAGAUGAAGUGAAUCGAUGAAGUCGUCGGGCACUAGAUUGUUCCUUAAUUUUCUCCAUUGUUGAGAGUAUGUGCUUUAUUUCUCCUUUGAAUUCAUUUGAUUUCAUUGGUUCUUUCUUGGCUAGAUUUAAAGGUCUUUUCAUAUCCAAUAUCUAGUAUUUUCUUGACAUAAAAUUACUGUAAUAAAACCAACAUUUUUCAAUUUCUUCAGUCUUUUUCUAAGACCUUCCACUCUCAAGCCAGUUUAUUAGCUGGGGUAUUAUGUCUCCACAAUAUUUCAACACCUUUUAAAAUAUGUAGAAUAAGACCUGUUCAUAAUAUUCCAAUAUGCGUCUCACAAUACUAUAUUGCUGAGAAAAUACUUUUCAGAUCUUGCUCUGUUUCAUCUUUAUGUGACUGAACUAUCCUUUUUUUACACACGAAUACUGCCUACCAUUGUAAUAUAUCUAUUUGGAACUAGGGUACAGGAAAACAUCUGAGCUACAAUUUAUCCUGGCCAUUGGGUUUUGCCCAUGAAACUACUGCUGGUACACAAAUUGCCAUGGGAUCAACAAACAGUCAGAGCCUGGUAACA